AUGUCUAAUGAAAGAAUUGGCAAUAACUUCAGCAAAGAAGGAACUCUAUACCAAGUAGAAUACGCUCUAGAAGCAGCAAAAAAAGGCAUGUCGUGUGUUGCAGUUGGAAGCACUUCUUGUAUGGUCAUGGCUGCAUCUAAAAGGCUUCCAGAGAAACUUAUGGACCCUGACUAUAUUUCCAGUUUUGUGAGUAUUCUUCCUGGCGUAGUGGCUGUGCUUAGCGGGUAUCUUAUGGAUGUGCAGAGAACAACAACGAUUCUUUCUGAAACUGCAGUGGAUCUGCUCCAUGACUUGGGAUAUGUCCCCACUCCAGACAUUCUGGCUCGAGAGAUAGCUGAUCAGUGGCAGCUGCAGACGCAAGAAGACUCAAGAAGGCUUCCUGCGGUUUUUCUCGCUGUUGUUGGGUAUGAUAAAGGCGUGCCUAUGAUAUACUACACAGAUACAUCAGGCACUCUGCUUCCAUAUAAGGCGGUUGCCUUUGGAGAGGGAGGCACUCUAAUGAUGAAAAAAUUAGAAAAGAUAUAUACCCCGCAGCAGACAGAGACCGAGGCCAUCCACACCGCCUUGAUUUCUUUAUCAGAAGCGCUUGGGGCAGACUAUCUGGCAACCAAUGUAGAACUGUGCAUCUUCACUCCAGACGGGAAAGUAAAAAGAUCAACUACUGAUGAGAUUGACGCUUUUCUAGUUGAUAUAGCUGAGAAGAUAUAA